AUGGAGUGUAAUAUCGAUGAUCUACCAGACGUUAUAUUAGAAUAUAUUUUAAGUCUAAUUCCACCAUACAAGACUCUUCAAGAAUGUAAACUUGUAUCUAAAAGAUGGUUCCGUGCCACCAAAAAUGUAAUACAACAUAAUAAAACACAUUUUCACAAAUCUGUGGCUUGUGGAUCACUGCUUUGGAAUUCAUGGUCAUCUAAACACUGGAUGCCUACAAUUGCAAAGAGGCAUUCACAUUCUGCUUGUACAUAUGAAAAUUCUAUGUAUGUCUUUGGUGGGUGUACUGCUACAUGUACAACAUUCAAUGAUUUAUGGAGAUUAGACUUAGAUACAAGAAAAUGGGUCAGAUUAAUUACUAUGGGAGCUUAUCCAUCACCUAAAGCUUGUGCCACUAUGUUGUAUUAUAAAAAAAGUUUCAUUUUAUUUGGUGGAUGGUCCCAUCCAGCGCUAUAUUCUGUGCACCAGCAAUCAAGAUUAUUCAACGAAUUACAUGUGUAUUCUAUAGAAUCCAAUAAAUGGAUUGCCAUAAACACUUUGGAAACACCUCCACCCACUUCAGCACAUUCUGCAUCAAUUCACAAAAACUAUAUGAUUAUUUUUGGUGGUAUAUGUAAUGGAUAUAGAUCCAAUGACGUAUGGUGUUUAAAUUUGGAUUCCUACAGUUGGCAUAAGCAAGCCACUUCAAAUUUGAAACCACAACCACGUUAUGGUCAGUCUCAAAUUGAACUCGGAGAUAAGCAUCUUCUUAUUUUAGGAGGCUGCACUGGACCUAAUGUUGCUAUGAAUGAUGCUUGGUUAUUAAAAAUGGAAGGUACAGCAUGGACAUGGAAAAAAGUAAAUAUGCACAAUACUGAAUGGGCUCCAACACGUAUUUGGUGCCAUCAAGCUUGUAAGGUAGGAAAUUAUGUCAUUGUUCUUAGUGUAAAUAAAUGUCAAAAUAAGCCGAACGACAUGAGUAUAUCGCUGAAGAAAGUCACUUGCCAAGCAGCGCCUUCAUCAAGAACAAAUAAUUCAUCUCCGUUACAUGCAAGGCAAGGGAAUGCAUCUCAUAUUGAUAGAGACGUAAACAUCAAUGGACGUCAUGGAUCUUUCUCAGAAAUAUCUAUACCAAAUCCACGUCCUUCGCAUCAUCCACCUAAUUUUACAAAAAAUCUAACAUUAUGUUAUGAUAAUAUGUUAAGUAUGACUGCUUUUCGUAAUGAACCAGUGCGUUAUGACAUUAAUAGUCAUCGACAACGGCAAUUAGAAUCUCUGCGUAGAAUGGAAGAAAGCAUUAGAAAUCGAAGAACACAAUCAAAACCUGCAAAGAAAAAGAGAAAUACAUUGUCCAUAUUUGUAUUAGACAUUACAAAUGUUUUAUGCGAUGAAUGUAGCGCAUCGUGGAUUCCUUUAAAACAUAGUGACCAAUCAGGUCCUAACGAAAGAAUUCUUUAUUCACUCGUAGCUGGUCGUGGUGAAUUAAUAGUAUUUGGAGGAAUUGGUAAAGAACAAGCGCCUAUACAAAGCCAUUCUGAUAUGGAUGAACCUGAAGUCUAUAAUGAUCUCUAUUUUAUAAAUCCACCAAGAUAUGUUAUUUAA